UCUAACAGUCGAGUGCGCCCUGGCUGUAUAAAUAGUAAAUGUGGGGUUGAAGAAGCAACCAGUAACCGUUUGGAAUACAAGAACAAUGGCAGCUAAGUUUUUCGCCCUUGCCCUCCUGGUAGCUACAGCUCAGGCCAGCCAGGACUACUCCAGCUUCUCCUACGGCGUCCGAGACCCCCACACUGGCGACGUCAAGGAUCAGCAUGAAAAACGCGUCGGCGACAGCGUUGUCGGACAGUACUCCUUACUGGAGUCUGACGGCACGAAGCGAGUGGUUGACUACGCCGCGCAUCCCCACACUGGUUUCAAUGCGGUCGUGCGCAAAGAGCCCGGAGUUUCGGUCCACCCUGUCAGUCCUGUGGUUAACGCGUACGCUGGCCACGGAUACUCUGCGGCAUACCCCGCCAUUGGUUACGCCAGCACUGUCGCUCAUGGCGCGUACGCCGCUCCCGUUUCGUACGCUCCCGCUGUCGCUCCCGUGGCCGCAUACGGUGGAUACGGACUAGGUGGAUUGGGAGCCUAUGGCACGGGAUUGGGCGCUUACAGCACACUCGCAGGAUUGGGAGCUUAUGGCGGUGCGUAUGGCGGAGCGUAUGGCGCGUACGGUGCCCGUGGUUACGGUGGACUCUACGGCGGACUCGGCUAUGGCGCUUGGUGAUUUUCCCAUUUUUAUCCACUCGUUUGUAUCUAAUGACUGUGGUUUAAGCAAAUAAAUUUUAUUUGUAAAUAAUUA